AUGGUUUAUACCUUCCCCGUGCCGGCCACCAUCCCCUCAUCAGCUACAUCUGCCGUCAUCAGCACCCUCGCCGCUGCCGCCGCCAACUGCCCACCGCCACCGUGGCACCGUGACACCAGCGGCCCUGCACCCGUGCCCACGGUCAAAACCCCGACCCUUCAGCCGUCGCCAGUCAUCGCUCACCCCUCCUUUAUCUAUAUGGUCACACGCGGCCGCCACCCCACACCCCCGGGAACGACCUGCCUAUGGUCAACUUAUUCUCCCUCACCCUUCAGUCAAGCUUCCAUCCACCCCUUCCACUCUCACUCCUGCUCUUCCCUAACGCUAAUAUUUUUAGAGAGCGAAGAGGCCGUGACAAAAAAUUACCUUGCCGUUGCAUAUUCCCAAGUGCAUUGUAAGAGUAUUGUCCUUCUCGCACGUUCCCCUUCCCGUGGUCAGUCGCCUCAGCUGCAUUGCCGUCCGCACUGGCCGCGCCUGCAUUGGGUGCCAGCGCCGGCCGCGUCGCCCGGCCUGGCAAAAAGUCACCCCCGCUCUCAGGAGGCUACAGCAGCUUUGUUCCCUAUUGUGUCCUCGGUCCGGGCAGCUAAAAAUUCUCCAUUGGUCACUAGAUUCAUCUGCAUUGCCUCAGCUGGGCAAUGGGUAGCUUACUUUUUACACCUUGAUCGGCCUGGGCCCCGUCGUGGUUCCCUCACAGCCCCUUGGCUGCCGGCCGCAACCACCAAGAACUUUGACCAGUUUCCUCCUGAGUGUGGUCGGGGCGGUGCCGGGCGGGACGCAGCGCUGGACAGCAGCCAUAUUAGACAUGCAGGUUUCUCAUACAGUCAGGAAUUAAUGACGCAGUACUUUCUACGCCGCACGGAGGGCAGACUGUUGGGCGAAGGGAGGAAACUACUAGAAGAGGCGGAGGCCCUUGCGUUGUCCUCUUUAUUGACGAAGGUCCUGCCCUGCCUCGGACGACUCCAAUAUGUGUCCUCCACUAGAAAUAAGGUGGCAAAUACGCACAAACACUACUGGAUUGCAAACUGAACAUGUUCUUCCCAUAUUCAGAGAAAGACAGAACGAUCCAAGCCUAAAAUGAACUCCAGUCCCUCUUGCGUCACGUUUCUUGGAAGUCGAAUUCCUCCAUCCUAAGUGGAAGGAACAAAGGAAACACACAUAAUUUCAUAAAUUUUGUUGAAAUGACUGAAAAUAGAAAAUGUUUGCGUAGAAAAUCGCUUGAAGAAUCUGCCGUAUAUGGAUGUGUCAGGUGAGUAUGUUAUCAUAUGAUCCUCGUUAUCCAUCAUGAUGACCUUCCAGAAUGACUAUAGAGUGCCAUCGCAACUGACAGACUUGAAAAAUAUGAUCCAUGUUCAACGAUACAGUAGUACUCUAUUUAACUGCUCAAUGAAAAUAUUCAUCGUUUAGCUAUAUAAAAAAAACAAUUUCAUAGCAGUCUAUAUUCAGUCACAUAGAAGGGAAAGCGGCCUCACAAUUCUGCAGCAAGAACAUGGCGGUGGGUGGAGUGGGCAAGCGUAGCGGGGGAAGGCGGCAGGUAGUUAAACGCUCGGCCGGGCUUCCCAAGACUCCGCGAGACGUCUUGGCGGCGGCUUCCAGCCUGCUGCCCGCCGCCCGCUGCCCCGCUCCGCCUCGCCUCGCCACCAUUUUCCCCUUGCCACCUCCAUCCCUGAAAACCACCAUUCCCGCGCUGCUUCAUUUCGUACUUUCCCUCCACACUUUCUUCU